AUGGCACGCGCCAAGGCCGCCGAUAAGCAGGAGAAAGACACCACCGCCAGCAAGAAGAAGACGGCUAAGAGCACCACUGCCGAGCCCAAGGUCGUCAAGGCAGCAGCUGCAGCUCCCAAAAAGGCCGCUGCUAAAGCCAAGGCUGAGCCCAAGGCCGUUGCUGAGAAGAAGGAACCCAAGGCCAAAUCGACCGCAACCAAGGUCAAGGACGCGGCCACCGUUGAGGAGGGCCAUGAGGCGGCCGCUGCCUUCCUGGCCGCUGCGGCCCCGAUCUCCAUCACCGUCGGUGGCCACGACUUUACCGCUGCCCCCAAGGAAAUGGCGACUGGUAGCUACGGUUGGCACGGAACCAAGAACGCGCGCGUCCCGGCUGGCGACGACGAGGCCGAUGUCGUGAUCACCGUCAACGUCACUGUCAAGGGUAGCGGCAAGGCCAAGAAGUCCAAGGCUGUCGCCGAAGACGUCGACACUGAAGACGCCGACAAGCCCAAGCCUGCCAAAAAGGCAAAGGUCGACAAGGCUGACAAGCCCGUCAAGGAGAAGGCCCCCGCCAAAGAGAAGGCCCCCGCCAAGGAGAAGAAGGUUAAGGAGCCCAAGGAGCCCAAGGAGCCCAAGGAGCCCAAGGCGAAGAAGGAGAAGGCGCCGCCCAAGGAGAAGAAGGAGAAGGCGCCUCCUAAGGAGAAGAAGGUCAAGGAGCCCAAGGCCGACAAGCCGCCCGCGAAGAAGCGCAAGGCGGCCGCCAAGGAGCCCGAGGCCGAGGUCGAGGUCGACGAGCUCGCCAACGGUGAUGCCGCCUAG